AUGUCAAAAAUAGGAGGAGGUGACGGUGAAGGCGAUGAAAAUGUUGUUCCAACAGAAACAUGCGCAAUUUGUUGUCUAGCAAAGAGUCGAGAAUUCACUCCAGUGGAGAUAAUGCCUGGAGGGGAGAUAAUGAUUGUGAGGGAAACACCAACUUCAGCGAUUGUUCGAUUCAAAGCAGGAAGUGUGGAGCCAGCACACCACCACACAUUUGGAAACGAUCUGGUGGUUCUCAAAGGAAGCAAGAGGGUAUGGAACUUGACCAAGAAAGAAAAGUAUGAUUUAGUGGCUGGUGAUUAUCUCUUCACCCCAGCUGGAGAUGUGCACAGGGUGAAGUAUUUUGAGGACUCCGAAAUCUUCAUCAAGUGGGAUGGACAUUGGGACAUCUUCUUGGAUGAAGAUCUUGAUGCUGCACAUGUUGCCAUUGAGAAAGAGAGCAACUGAGAAAUCAGGUAUGCA